ACUACACACUAGAAGCUCACAGUCUCAGCAACCACCCCCUCAACAUCAUCAACCUAAGCUAGCUAGCUCACACCUCACAGCGCAAGCUAGGCUGGAGCAGUAGUAUAGUAGCCAGCCAGCCUCACUUCACUUCAGUUCUGCCAUGAGCAUCCGCAGCAGCAGCGGCGGCAGCGGCGGCGGCCAUGCCUCCCAGAUGAUGGCGUUCUCGGAGCAUUCGCUGCCGAAGCCGAUCGCCGGCCACCCGCAGCCGCAGCCGUCCCCGCCGUCGUCUCCGAGCGAGAGGCCGGCGCCGCGUGGCAGGCGGCGCGCGCAGGAGCCCGGGCGCUUCCUGGGCGUGCGCCGGCGGCCGUGGGGCCGGUACGCGGCGGAGAUACGCGACCCGACCACCAAGGAGCGGCACUGGCUCGGCACCUUCGACACGGCGCAGGAGGCCGCCCUGGCCUACGACCGCGCCGCGCUCUCCAUGAAGGGCGCGCAGGCGCGCACCAACUUCGUCUACGCGCACGCCGCCUACAACAACUACCCGCCCUUCCUCGCGCCGUUCCACGCGCAGCAGCAGCCCGCCGCCUACGCGUCCUCGACCAUGCCGUACGCCGGCCAGCAGCACGCGGCGCCGCACAUUGGCAGCUCGUACCACCACGGCCACGGCCACGGCGGCCUCGGCUACCACCAGCAGGGCCCGGGCGCCGGUGCGGGCGAGUGCUCCAUGCCGGUGCCCAAUGCCGCCGAUCACGGCGCCAGCAGCCCGAUGGACGUGCGCGGCAGCAGCGGCCACGACUUCCUCUUCCCCAGCGCCGACGACAACUCCGGGUACCUGAGCAGCGUGGUGCCGGAGAGCUGCCUCCGGCCCCGCGGCGGCGACCUGCAGGACGCGCGGCGCUACUCCGUGUCCGACGCCGACGCCUACGGGCUGGGCCUCCGGGAGGACGUGGACGACCUGGCGUCCAUGGUGGCCGGCUUCUGGGGCGGCGCCGACGCGGCGUACGGCGGGUUCGCCCCCGCGAACGGCGGCGGCCACGACAUGGUCGCCUCGUCGCAGGGCUCCGACAACGGCUACUCCCCCUUCAGCUUCCUCUCCCACUGAAACAACAAAUGCACCAGCCAGCAUUGCUCUCAGUGCUCUGCUGUGAUCACCAUCGAUCGACCAUAGCUAGGUAGUAGUGUUUGUUUGGAGAGUUGGAUCGAUCGAUCAGUCACAGUACGUGGCAGCAGUAGAAGAUCGAUCGACGAAGAAGAAGAGUGGCUUGUUUGGGUGCCCUAGCUUAGCGGAUGCUCACAUCCAUGUACUUAGGCUCUUUCAUUUAGCAGCACUAUUACUACGUACCAGUACUAGUAACUUUUCAUGCAUGCACGAGUGACAUGCUUAAGUUAUCUCUCUCUCUAAACUUAUUACAGUCUC